AGUUCUCGCGAGUUGACCUUUUGCUGUGUGUUUGUCCGAAGUACCUUAUAGCAGGAGAGGCGGCAACAUUUGUUUUCUGCGUUUCGUAAAAAUAAUAAUAAUUAAUUUAUUUAUUAUGUCGGCGUAGGAUAUAUGGAAUUUUAAUACAAUUAAUUAAUUAUAAGUGAUUUUUUUUGGGUAUCUUCAAUAAACUAUUGGAUAAACGCAAACAAAAAAGAUGGUUUCCAUACUUUACUCUCUCCUACCCUUAUCAGUACUCUUCAAUAAAAUCUACUGUGAACAAGAGCACAAAGUUCACAAUAUAGUCCUCUAUCCAGAAAAACACUCUUGGUGCCAAACCACGCCCAUACAACAAGUGGUAGCUUCGUCAGGCUACGAACCAGUGACCAUCCAAAAUAAUGUUUGUGUUGGAGCGUGCUUUAGCUACAGCAUACCCAAAAGUGAACCAGCAGAACCUGGAGAAUUGAUUGGACCUUACUGCGAUAGCUGUCAACCCUCAGAAAUAAAAUGCUACCAUGUAAAUUUGAAAGCAGAAGAAUCCAACGUAGAAGGAGUCAAAAUUCUUCAAAAACGUAUAGAAGUCAUUAUGAAUUGUUCUUGUCAAAGUUGCAAUAAAAUCCGCUUAGAAGAUUGUGCUAUAAAUGACACUAACACUAUGGAGUUGCCAUUGAAUAUGUAUGUAGAUCAGGAAAAUUUCAAGACGAAUGAAGAUAAUAUUCAUCCGGAUUUAUUUGAAGCCCAAAACUCACAUAAAACAUUUGAAAAUGAUAUUAAAUUGAAAAAUAAACUGAAAAAGUGGUUUGAAACGUAUCAAAGUGAAAGCGGCGAUCAUAAGAAUUCUGAAUUGGCUGAUCUUAUAAACAUCGACAAGAAAAACGAAAAAAUCGUGAAAGACUUGGAGGGUUUACCGAAAACUUUCGGGGUAGAAGGAGCGGCUAGUCAUCAAAAAGGCGCUCACAUUGGAAUGGGAAUUUCGCAUCAUCCGAAUGACGUAGUCGAUCCCGAUACAAAAACUCCAGACUUAGAAGUUCAGCCUCCUCAUCAUCACCACCAUUCUCACCAUCAUCACGGACAAAGUGGAGAGGAAACGGGGAAACAUCAUCAUUACUUAGGAGAAGAACAACACAUUGGUCUAGAUGUGACGCAGCUUGUCAGAGGACCUCAUGGUUCAAUGAUAGCGACACCUACCGAAGUGAAACUACACAUUGACAGCGAUUCCCUAAAACCAAACGACGAAGGUUUGGUUGUUGAAUAUGAAAGUCAUCAUCAAAAAGAUCCGUUACAAAAAGUGGCAGAUUUGAUGAGCAUCGAUUAGGAAUAGUUUGUUUGACUUUGAACAAACACCAUUUUAAAUUAAAUUUUAAUUGGUUUCUUCAAGUUUGGUCAAGUUUAUUCACCUGUGUCAACUUAUUGACUAAAAUGUAACUAUUGUUGAAGAAACCCAGACUCAUGAAUAUGAGUUUAGCCAAAGUAUUGAAAACUUAUGCCAUUUUUUGUUUAUUAGAGUUCAGUUUCGUAUGGAAUUUAUUUCCUCAAAAAAAAAAAAUUAUGCCAUAUUAUUCAUAAUAUGAUUGUUCUAAGAUUUCUUACCUACUUUAUAUCUUUAACAAAUUAAUUUCUUAUAAAAAUUAUGUAUUUUUGUUUUAUUGUUUCUGUAUACGUAAUAGAUGUUAAGUAUAUUUUAAUAUAUGCAAAAUUCUAGUCUGGAUAUUAUAAACUUUAUUCAAUUAAGAAGUUUCAAGGCCAUUAAAAUAUUAGCAAGUCAACCUUCAAACUCUGGAUAUCAAUUGAAUAUUUGCCUUAGCAAAAUACCAUCAGUUAACAUCACAUUCAUAAUUUGGCCCUAAAUAGUACAAAACUAAAAAAUCUGAAACUUUCUGUAAAUAAUACAAGUAAAUUGAAAAUUUGGGCUGUGUGAAUAUUUUUUUUUUUGUCAAACGAAUCCAAAAAUAUUUAUAAUUUGAAAUUCUAUUAUGUUUUCUUGUUAGCCUUUUUUUUAUAUUCUGGUUGAUAACAUUUUACUAACUCAUAAAGUGCAUAUUUGUCUGUUCCAAUGUUCAUCACGAUAUUCACAAAUAACGGUGAUUCAUUGGAGCAUAUCUAAUACAAAUUCCAAACUAUGGUUGGUGAAAAAAUAUGCAUUUUUAGUGAUACUCUACUAACACUGUACUUACCCUUAUUUGUACUUAUCUGCAUACUUUUUUAUAAAUAAACAUUUUAAAUUCACAA